AUGGCACCCCCACCGGCCGUAGUACAGCUCUACAAGGAGCUCCAACAGGCCUUCCUAUCCGGCAAAUUGCAACAGACUGGAGUGCUGCUUGCACGGCUAAAGAUUGGCCUCACAGAAGCUGGGCUGCUCGUUCCUAUGGGCAACCCGAAUUUCCAGGAUCUUGUCCUCGCUCGCGAUGUCCUCGAAGUCGGCGCGUUCUGGAGUAUACGGACGAAGGACAUACCCUCGUUUGACCGAUACUUCUCACAACUACAGGCCUUCUACAACGACUACAGCGCCGUUCUUCCUCCUUCUCCUCGCGAAUACCCCCUUCGAGGCCUCAACCUUAUUCGCCUCCUCACCCAGAACCGCAUUGCUGACUUCCACACCACCCUUGAAUCCCUACCCUUGCCCGCUGACUCCCGUAGCUCGAACCCGUUCAUUGCACACCCAAUUAAUCUGGAGCAGUGGCUCAUGGAAGGCAGCUACAGCAAGGUUUGGAACGCACGAGAAGAGGCACCCACUGAGGAGUAUAAGUUCUUCGUAGACAGCUUGAUGGGUACUAUUCGGAACGAGAUCGCGAGCUGCGAGGAAGUUGCCUAUGAUAGCUUGCCGUUGAAAGAUGCCGCGACACUGCUCUUCUUCAAGAGCCAAAACGAGCUUCUGCAAUUCGCCCAGCAGCGAGGCUGGCAAGUGGAUCUGACGGGGGGAAGGAUCUCCUUUGCGAAGAAAACGGAAGAGAAGGCAGAGAUACCGAGGCAGAAGCUCAUAUCAGCGAACCUUCAGUAUGCGCGUGAGCUAGAGCAGAUUGUGUAG